UGCGAGCCGCGUUGGGACGUUACGCGCCGUUACGUGACGCGAAACGGUGUCGUCGACGAGCGCGUGACAACGAGAACGACGGGCACGACGUCGACGACGACGACGUGCGGGAGGACGACGACGAGGACGACGAAUCCGCGGUGCGGAAUCGCGACGUCCACGUGAGGCCGCGGCGCGGACCCCCCUGCUCUCGACGGAAACGGAGUUCGGAGUCAAAAUCUUCCGCAGCGGGUGGAAAAUGUCCAGCGUCAAAAUCAUAGAGAAUCCAGAAGUGCCGGGACUCGAAUGCUUUCUACCACCGCCUCCGCCACCGCCGCCGCCGCCACCACCGCCUCCCCCGCCGCCGCCGCCGCCACCGCCGUCUUCCUCGAGCAAACCCCCGAACGGCAAUGCACAGUUGACAACGACGCAACAGCAACGACCGGCGACAACGAGCGAGAACGUGAUGACCGUCGCCGCGCCGGUAGCGAUCGCGAACGACGGGGCCUGUCCGAGUACUCCCCUGAGUACGUUCCCGAACUCCGUGCCCGCCAUGCCACCGAGUCCGUACAUGCUGCAUCCGACGAUGCAACCGCAGACCGGGCAGCAGGCAACCUCCUGGUGGGCACCCCCGGAUAGCGAUACCUCAGAGGUUUACACUCCGUGGUACGACCCGGCUUACAAGGGUGCAGCUACUGCGCCAGUGGCAUCUCCCGCGGCGACCGCAGUCAUAGGGAAGAACAAGAGCAAGAACUUUUUCAAGCGCAAAAACGAGUUCAUAGAUCCCGCACAGGAUGCAGAGAAAGUGGCGAGCGCGCAGAGAGAACUGUCGGCACUGAUGAAACCGCUCAACUGCGAUCUAUGCAAUGCAGUCAUGAACUCCACGCUACAAGCGAAAUUGCAUUAUGACGGCAAGCCGCAUCAGAAAAAAGUAUCGAUGUUUCUCAAUCAGAGCGUUAAAAAACAGAAAACGGAAGACGGCCAAGUGAGCAGUACGACCAAUACCGACUGGCAAAACUACUGUGAUAUAUGCAAAACGUGGUUUACGUCGCCUACCGACGCCACGCAACACUACGCGGGCAAAAAGCACAUUAGGGCGGCAAACGGCGGGCCUCGUGUGAGGCCGUCGAAGAAGCUGCAAACACAGAACCAUCAGUACAAUCAGGUGGACUCGACGGGUCGCUACGGAAUUGGAAUGGCCUUCCAGACGGACGUGCAAUCCGCCCCGGCUGUGACACCGAUUGUACCCGAUGGUACAACCGCGGUGCCGAAUUCGACCGCGGUGCCGAAUCCGGCCGUGGUGGCGAAUCGGUCCGCGGUGCCGAAUCCGACCGCGGUGCCAUCCGUAUACACGUUACCAUCGUGCAUGAUGUUGCGCUGCGACUUGUGCGGAGUCUCGGCCAAUCGUCAGGAUCAGUUGGAGACACACAAACGCGGAGCCCGACAUUUGAGAAUGCUCAGGCUCAGUGGAUUCCCUGUACCUGAAUCCGGGAGUAUUGCUGCCGAAAACGAGAACGCGUCCUCGGAACCUAUUCUAUUUAUAGAUUAUUCUAUUUAUCGGACACCGUCAGGGCAGUAUUACUGCGCGCCGUGCAAUCUAUCGUUAAACUCGGAGACCACGUUCGCCCAGCACGUAGAAAGCAAGAAACACAAAAAUCAGUCUAACCCAAAGUUACCCAACGUCGCGGUGGCGGCAAAGAAAGCCAGAUUCAAGAAAAAAAUAAAACCGUGAACAAUGACAUUACUUUCUAAUACAAUGCCACAGCGUUUCAGCUUUUUUUGUUGUUUUUUUCCAGUUUUGAACCUUGCAUCAUUCUCGUGCGUGUACACGCUUUGCCGGUCACAGCUGUACGACAAAGAAAUACACGAAAUUCAUUCUGA